AGCAGCACAGGUUAAAAUCUCUCCCCUUCCAAACAAGCAGUCACACCGAAACUGCAAAGAAGCGGCUGAGACAAGAAGAAGCAACAUUUUUGACUUUUAAUCCUUUUUUAUAUAACCUGGCUGUCUCAACAUUUUUGACUUUUUAUUCACUCUUCUCUUUAAUCCUUUUUUAUAUAACCUGGCGGUCUUGUGUAAACACGCCUGUGUCAUUUCCGACUGGACCAGUGUGCUGUUUUAAAAACAUCCUGCAUUGUGUAACUACCACUUCACUUUUUGAAGACCAGCUCGAGGGGCUCUCAUUCAUUUAUGAUCAUGAAAUGAAGAUAACACGAUGACAACAUGGCAUGAUUAAACAGGUCUCGUGAGGAGAACAUGUGGAAACCGGUCCUUCAGUUGGUUCUCAGUGGUUUAUACCUACAGGUGACCACAGGGAACUCAUCGUGCACCUUAAGAGGCUCUGUAGCUGGUUGUGCCUUUAGAGGCCUGUACUGGGUUCCUGCUCUUCCUCCCAACAUCACCAGUCUGUACCUGGAAUCGAACUACAUCAGUGAGAUCAACAGCACCGCCCUCAGGGCGUAUGACCAGCUGACAGAGUUGGACCUUGGAUCGCAGAAAGUGCAGCUCGUCAUCAGGAACAAUGCUUUCCUCAGGCAAGGAAAACUAACAAGGCUGGUUCUCGGUGACAACAUUGGACUUCAGCUGGAGCCGAGGGCAUUCGCAGGACUGUACAAGUUGCAAGUGUUCUUUUUAGAUCAUUGUGGUUUGAGUUACUCCAUACUGGAGGGCAACUACCUGCAGCCCCUUCGCUCCUUAGAACUGCUCGAGCUCUCUGGGAACACAAUCACCAGACUCCGACCUGGACUGUUUUUCUCCACACUCACGAGAUUGACUUCGUUAAACCUCAAAUUGAAUCAAAUUGAAAGACUGUGUGAAGAGGAUCUAGCUGGUUUUCGGGGGAAAUACUUCACGUUCCUUACCUUGUCGUCUAACUCCAUAGGAAGAAUGUAUGAGAAAAACGGAACCGGUUGUGGAAACCCUUUCAAAGACAUGGCCUUUCAAGUCCUCGACUUAUCCAGCAACGGCUUCGACGUCACUAAAACAAGACUGUUUUUCAGAGCAAUACAGGGGACUCCCAUUGCUCAUCUUACAUUCUCUGGACACAUGGGAAAAGGCUUUUCACACGACAACUUAGCCGAUCCAGAUGAAAGCACAUUUGAAGACCUCGCAAACAGCACGGUUGACGUUUUCGAUCUGUCGAAAAACUUCAUAUUCUUUUUGAAGAAGGCCGUUUUCAGCGCCCUGAAGGUCGUGAGAAUCAUCAAUGUUUCCCAUAACAAAAUCAAUCAGAUUAACAGAAAUGCCUUCGAUGGUCUUCAGGGACAUUUACAGAUGCUCAACCUGUCGUCCAACCUGCUCGGAGAAGUGUAUUCUUACACGUUUGCCAAUCUUACAAAGCUUAGAAUAUUAGACUUGUCUAAUAACCACAUUGGUGCACUGGGAUACAAGGCAUUCAGUGGUCUUCCUCAUUUAGGAGCGUUAUUUCUGAGAGGAAACUCCUUGCGAGGCCUUGGUUCCCCGGCAUUAUUACCAAACUUACAAUACCUUUUCCUGAAUGACAACAAGUUGAAAUUCCUGCACGGCAUUGCUGACUUGGGUUUGAGCAGCAUACAUUUGGAUUUAAGCGACAACAGAUUGACAAACUUAGAGGACGUUUAUGACGUAGUGAAUCAUUUCAAGCAUCUGAAGUAUUUUAUCUACGGUGGCAACUUCAUCAAGUGGUGCCAACCUAUUCUGGAUGAUACACUACCGUAUAAUAACAGUUUGCAAGUGCUAGAUCUUCAUGACAGUUCCCUGCAGAUGAUUUGGGAACAGGGGAAAUGUCUCGAUCUCUUUAAUAGUCUCAAUAAUCUUCUUGGUCUCAUUUUGAGCUUUAAUUCAAUCACAUCACUCCCCCGAGGGAUUUUCAGAGGCCUCAGCUCCAUCGAAGAGAUGGACCUCUCGUCCAAUGCCUUGACAUUUUUGGAGGUGGACGUUUUUCCAUUAAGCCUGAAAAGCCUAGUCCUCUCAAACAACUUCCUGGCCUCCCCGGAUCCCAUGACCUUUCAGUCCCUCGCCACGCUCAGUCUGGAAGGAAAUCAUUUUCACUGUGAUUGUCAUCUGGAGAGCUUCCUGCAGUGGCUGGAUGUGACGAAUGUCACCUUGAGCCCCGCUGAGACGCACAGAUGUGGGUUUCCAGCUGCUCUCCGCGACCUUCCACUGGUGAAUUACACCGCCAUGGUGGAACCAUGUGAGGUGGACGAUGACGAGGCUGUCCAAUAUCUCAAAUUCGUCCUCUUCAUUGCCUCUGCCCUCCUCGUCAUCACCGUCACACUGAGUGGGAUUGUCUACGCUCGCCUCCGCGGGCACAUAUUCAUCCUCUACAAAAAGAUGGUUGGCAGGGUUCUCGGGGGCCCAAAAGCAGCGCCUCCUGUCGAGGAGUUGCAGUACGACGCCUUCGUCUGCUUCAGCAACAAUGACUAUGUGUGGGUAGAGGCCGCUUUGCUGAAAAAACUUGACGACCAGUUUUCGGAGGAGAACAUCUUCCACUGUUGCUUUGAGGCCAGAGACUUUCUGCCUGGUGAGGAUCACCUUACCAACACCAGAAGUGCCGUCUGGGGCAGCAGGAAGACGCUGUGCAUCAUCUCCAAGGAGUUCCUGAAAGACGGCUGGUGCUUGGAGGCGUUCUCUGUGGCCCAGAGUCGGAUGCUGGAGGAGCUGACCGACAUCCUGAUCUUGUUGGUGGUGGGGAAGGUGGCUCAUUACCAGCUGAUGAAGUACAACGCCAUUAGGAACUUGAUUCAGAAGAGAGAGUACCUGGUCUGGCCCGAGGAUCCUCAGGACCUGGACUGGUUUUACGAGCGACUGAUCACACAGCUACUCAAAGACAACAAGAUGAAGAAGAUAGAAGCAGAGGACAGACACCAUCAGCCUGCACAGCCCGACAUCCGACCUCAGGACGACGUGGAGCUGAAGGAAAUCAGACUGUGAUUCAGGUUUAAAAGCUUGAAAAAACAUUUAAUAAACAGAAAUCUGAAAGCAUGUGAAUCAUGAUGUCAGAGAUAACACUUUAUUUUGUUACUGUUGACUCCCUCUAUUAGUAUUCGGUAUCAUAGCAACAGUUUAGUGUUUAAUUCCAUCGUCCUGACACAAGAGUAGGAUUUAUGAUUGAAUGUUUACUUGACAACCAAUCAACUAAUUAUACUUACAAUACAUACACAUUACUGAUUACAUACUGUUAAUCAGAAAUAGUCAACUAAUUAACUAAGUAGUUACUAAUAAAACACAUACACAUAGUCAACAGGCACUUUUGUAUCGAGUUAGGAUUAAAAUCUGUAGAUCAACACUGGAGCACGAUUUAUAAUCCACUGCCAGCUCAUUAUAUGUCACUUACCACUUACAUAAUAAAUAAUAAUAAUGAUAAUAAUAAUAAUAAUAAUAAUCAUCUGUUGACGUGACACUGAACGUGUAUAAUUGGUGAUAUGUAUAAUGUUAAAUGGCUUAAAAGUGUUGGCAAUAACAUCAUUUUUGUUAAUGUCUGUAAUGGUACUUAUUGAUUACAUAUUUAGUGUUCUUAAUUAUGUUUAUAUCUAUUGUAUAUGUUGUGUAUACUAUAUAUU